UUUGUAACAAUGGCCAAUUUUACUACAGACGGAAAAUUGUGCAUAGAACGGAAAUUGGAAGUGAACAGGUCUGAAAAAGAAUUCGAUGAUUUAAUAACUCGUUUUGAUAUAAAUGAAACAUGCCGAUGGAUAACUGAAAAUAAUUUCUUAAAGGUUUGCCUUCAAUUUCCCGAUGAACUUCUUAGUGUGAGUACUAAGAUAUAUGAAGAAAUAAAGAAGAAAGUCGAGGUUGACUUGUACAUUCUUGGAGACACAUCUUAUGCAAGUUGCUGUGUCGACUCAGUGGCAGCUAUGCAUGUACAAGGCAAUGCGGUAGUCCACUACGGACACAGUUGUUUCUCCAAAACUAACAUUCCUGUGUUCACUGUGCUGCCCAAACACAGUGUGGAUGUGGAAGCUUCCAUCAAAGUUGUGAAAGACAGAUUUAAUGCAGACAUCAAACUAUGCUUGUUUUAUGAUGCCGCAUUUGAACAUUGCAAAGAUUUAAUAUCAAAGCACUGGUUUGAAUACUUCCCACAUGGUUACAUAUCUUUUAUUGAAAUAGAAGAGAACCAAAACAGAUUCCUAGGAAGAGUAAUCAGAAACAAGGAUGGUGAAGAUUCCGCAGUGGAGGUGCUGAAGGACUGCGUCUGUAUACAUCUCGGAACACGGGGACAAACAUUGUUCAACUACACCAUAUCUAUUGCAGCAUCACAAUGGUAUUUGCUGGAUCCUAACACAAACAAGAUUGAAUGUUUAGAAGAAACUGCUUGGUUCAAGCGUAGAAGAUUCUUAGUAGAGAAGUGCAAGGAUGCCAAUGUCGUGGGCAUUCUGGUUUGUAAGCUGGCUGGUGACCAGACCAAGGACAUUAUCAGCAGAAUGAAGCAGCUCUGUAAAGUGAAUGGCAAGAAAAGCUACAUUGUAUCUGUGGGAAAGCCCAAUGUUCCAAAGUUGGCUAAUUUUCCUGAAAUUGAUAUCUACGUGAUGAUUGCAUGCCCAGAAAAUGAUCUGUACAGCGCUAGAGACUUUUAUAAACCUAUUGUGUACCCGUAUGAACUGGAAGUAGCUUUGAACUCAAACAGGGAACCCUAUUUCAUAACACAUGUUACGGAUUAUGACCAAUUGCUGCCAGGGCGACCCCACCAUUGUGAUAUUCACCACAUCCAGGAGACCACAGAUCUAAGUCUCAUCACAGGAAAGAUAAGAGAGACUAAAGUUGAUACUCAUCAAGGAAGCAGUACAGAUCUGGAAGAAAAACAGACCUGGGCUCUCGAAAAUAUAGGACAAAACCUCCAAGAUAGGUCCUGGAAGGGUCUAGAACAAAAACUAGGCGAAACAGAAGUGAAAAUGGCUGAACAAGGUCGCAAAGGAAUACCCAUCCAAUACAGUGAUGAACCAAAAUGAAUUUACAAAUUUAUAUUAUGUAUUUACAAUGCCUUUGUUAUUCUAGUACAAAAAUUUGUCCUACUGAGUAAGACUGCAUUUUCAAAAUAAAUUAGUAAUCAUUAACAAA